UAUAAUUUAUAAAACAUAUCCAAAAGCACUUAACAACCAGUAGUUGUGCAAUCUCCUAACACUAUAGCCUCUUGCUGCUCUAUAAUAAGUUGAAAUGUGGUUUUGAUCUCUGCAAAUCAUUGAGUCUUGAGCCCAAUUUGUGAGAUUUGCAUUUAGUUAUCAAUAAUAGAGAUAUUAAUUGUAGAAUUGGUGCAGAUGAGAUUUAUCACCUCAGCUUUCUUCUACCUUGUUCUCUUUUCAUGUGCAGCUGCUUAUGAUCCUCUGGAUCCAACUGGUAAUGUAACUAUCAAAUGGGAUAUUAUGGCUUGGACUUCAGAUGGCUACACGGCUAUUGUGACUCUCAACAAUUUCCAAACGUUCAGGCACAUAAUUAAGCCAGGCUGGACUGUAGGUUGGGCAUGGAAAAAGAAAGAAAUAAUAUGGUCCAUGGUUGGUGCACAAGCUGUUGAACAAGGAGAUUGUUCCAAGUUCAAAGGGAACAUUCCUCAUUCCUGCAAGAGAAAUCCUGCAGUUGUGGACUUGAUGCCUGGUGCUCCUUACAACCAACAAUUUGCCAAUUGUUGCAAAGGUGGAGUCCUAUCAGCUUGGGGCCAAGAUCUUUCUGCUUCUGUUUCUCAAUUUCAAAUUACUGUUGGGUUAGCUGGUACUUCAAAUAAAACUGUCAAACUUCCCAAGAACUUCACCUUGCUAGGUCCAGGUCCUGGAUACACCUGUGGCCCUGCGAAGCUUGUCCCUGCCACCAAGUUUCUCACUCCUGACGGACGCCGAAGAACUCAGGCCCUGAUGACUUGGAAUGUGACCUGCACUUACUCGCAAUUCAUGGCUAGGAAAAACCCGAAUUGUUGCGUCUCUUUCUCAUCUUUCUACAAUCAAGAAAUCACUUCCUGCCCUACUUGUGCCUGUGGCUGCCAAAGCAAUAAUAAUACUUGUGUCAAUCGAGAUUCCAAAAUCUUUAAAGUGGUUGGAGAAAGCAAAUCGAAGAACGAAACUACCCCUCUUCUGCAAUGCACACAUCAUAUGUGCCCGAUUCGAGUUCACUGGCAUGUGAAGGUUAAUUAUAAGGAGUAUUGGCGCGUGAAGGUUGCCAUAGUAAAUUUUGACUACAGGAUGAACUACUCUCUGUGGUCGCUUGUUAUCCAGCACCCGAAUCUCAAUAAUGUAACACAAGUAUUUAGCUUCAAUUAUCAACCUCUUAUUCCAUACAAGUCCAUCAAUGACACAGGGUUGUUCUGUGGCAUGAAAUAUUACAAUGAUGUGUUGAUGGAGGCAGGGCCUUUAGGAAAUGUUCAGUCAGAAAUACUUCUUCAGAAAGAUCAGAACACAUUCACCUUCAAGCAGGGAUGGGCAUUUCCGCGGAAAGUAUACUUCAAUGGCGAUGAGUGUAUGUUGCCCCCACCAGACACAUACCCCUUUCUGCCAAAUUCUGCACAUGGGUCCCUCAUCUCCUUUCUGACAUUAGUUUCCACAUUGUUUUUCCUAUUUAACUUUAUUUGUUAACUUCUAUACUUCGAAACUUUUAUAUCAGGGGAUCCUCUGAUAAAAUGGA